CAUACCGGCCGCUGGCUGCUGGUGCGUCUGUGAAAGACCAUCCACCAACGCUGUGGGAAGAAGCAGAAUUCUCUGACCCUAUAACUCUACCGUAUACCUCUUGGACACGGCCUCUUACCUCCUCGACUUCCCUGUGCUACGAUAAUCUCCUAGCUCAGUCGCUCCAUCCCUGAGAUGGCGCCCACCGUGUCUUCUUCCAGGACACAAUUGUCUUACCCGCUCUACGCUGCCGAUUUUGACCCUCUCAAUCCGGACUUCCUGCUCGUCGGCGGAGGGGGAGGCUCGUCAUCCACCGGGGUUCCCAACAAAAUCUCCCUCAUCGAUACCUCGCAAAGGAACCAGUUGAAGGAAGUGAUUGACAUUCAACUUGCUAGCGACGAAGACUCCGUUACCAGUCUUGCCGUUGCUGACUCUUCCUCGGCAUCACUCACUGCUUUUGCUGGCAUCAACAGCUCUGUUGCGGAUCAGAACGCUGGAAAGAAUGAACAUCUGAGAUCGUUUAGAAUUGGGCUACCCGCAAGGAAAAGGAAGGCUGAUGGGAGUGCUGUGGAUGAACAUGGGGAGAAGCAAGUGGUUUCAGCACAGGGCGUCCAACCCUUGGGUCGAGCUGCGCUGUUCAAAUCUGCAACCACCACCAAGAACGAGACAUAUCAGAGAGUUCUGCGGUUUUCACCGACCAAAAUGACCGGCCAACCUCGACUCGCGGCUAUUGCUUCUGGACUUGCUCCGACCAACGAAGUUAUUGUAUUCCGCCCGGAUCCAAAACCUGAGCCGGAUGAUGUGGUUUCUCGCGUCGAGCUUGGUAAACGCGAAGCAGGGGACGUGGAUUUGGCGGUUGAAGAUGACGGGAAGGGUGGCUAUCUGCUCGCAUAUUGUACCGAUGAUGAAGUAUUUAUGCAGCAGCUCCCAACAUCAUCCAAGCCUGAUGCACCAACAUCCCUCUUUCGGGCGGCAGAGAUAUCAACCUCGUUGCCGCCCUCACAGAGACCCAAGUUUCGCGCUUUGCGCUUUCUAACCCCUCGUCACCUGCUACUUCUCAGGAAUCGCCCGUCGCGAACUGGAGCAGAUCUAUUGGUCCUCCGAGUCAGCCAAGAUUGUUCACAAGCUCGCAUAUCCCUACGCAAACAACUCAACAAGUCUAUAAAAGCGGCAGUGGGCCUGGAUGUGUGCUGCCUGACCGAGUCGGAGCAGGGCGAGAAGCAGUUCGUGAUUGCAGUCGCAGGACAGUCCGGAGAAGACAGCUCGAUUGAGGUAUUGGCGCUGGACUACUCUCAGGAGGCUGGAAUGAGUAUUUUCAGGUCGUAUGCAUUCCUCAAAGCCGUUCACAACGGACCGCUUACUCGACUCGUCUUGUCGAGCUUUACCGGACCAACUCUUCCGGCCACCAGCACUGCUGGGCCCCGAUCCCUUCGCCUGGCAUCUGUUGGCGUUGACAAAUUUGUCGUGGUCCAUUACCUCCCGCUCCGUCCAUUUCCUCCAACCUCAACCAAGACCCCGCGAUAUGUGCUCGUCCCUCCAGGGCGCUCCGAGGCGGUGCAAACAUCAUUCAGUGUUUUCUUCGCGCUUGUGGUCGUCGGCUUGGUUGCAUUCCUCAUGCAAGCAUUCUGCGAGAUCCGUGGUGCGGUGCCACCUAUCCUCGGCGCCCCGAAUUGGCUGUCACCGCGUAUGCGCGAACUUGUCGCUCAACCCUAUAUUUUUGCCGACCGGAUGACUUCCGCCGCCUCAGAUAUUCCUGUCGCGGCGCACAGCGCAACGGAAGAGUUCAAAAGCUCCGUGGACGAAAUCACCUCCAGUCUCUCUUCCGCGUUGUCGUCGGCAACGGACUCGCUAAAGGAUCUUGUAGAAGAAAACUCCAAUUUGGAAACUCCGAAAGCCAUCAUUGUGCGGGAGCAGUCUCUAGGCGAAAUCUCCACCGAGAUUCUACAGUCGGACGCUGAAGUCGUGAAACAGGAGACGUUGAAGAAAUGGGAAGAACUCACCGAGGCUCAGAAGAAGGGUUGGAAGCGCCGAUUGAUCGAUGCGGGCCACUGGGCAGAGCAUCAGGGCGAGAAUGUGCUGAAGGGCAUCUUGUUCUCAGAACUAGCCGGGGCCGUGGGGAAUAUGGCUGGUGGAGGAUGAAAGAAGAUCUUGGAAGGGCAAUACUGGUAUAAGGCCAGUAAUUUGCCAUUUCGAAUAUGUGCCAAUACAUCUGGGACCACGAAGAGGCAAUUCAUGAAUGUCGGGCUUGACAGUUACCCCUGCAGCGUAUCGUCAGAGUCUAGUAAUAUGGGAUGUUUUAUACUCUAA